GGAGGGGGGGGGGUUGUGAAAUGCAAGCAAGGAUGCAGAGGUGGUGUGGCGAAUCAGGACCAGUUUCAGGCCUGCGCUCACUCUUCAUACCCACGUUGCUGCGUGCCGUAGACGGAUCGUGACUGAAGAAAAGAAGAAAGGAAGAAAGAAGAGGAAGAAGAGAAAGGAUCUCGUCGAGCAGAUCACAAAGGAUUGGGAAAAAGGAAGAAAGGGGAAAGAAGACCAUGCUGGCUCGAGCCGUUUUCUCCUCGAUUUUGUUGAUCGGUUGCGUGACCUUGGCCACCAGGGCACAGUUUCGGUGUCCCGAGCCCAAAGGUUUCUUCCCGGAUCCGGAACAGUGCGACCUGUACUACGCCUGCGCGGACGGCAAAGCUGAGGAGAAGCUUUGCAAGGACGGGCUCGUGUUCAGGGACGACAAUCCUAAGAAGGAGCUCUGCGACAUCCCGGCCAACGUUCCCUGCGGGGACAGAACUUUGCUUCAGGAGCCACAGCCUAGCAAAGGAUGCCCCCGCGCAAACGGCUACUUCAAGCACGAGGAUCCAACCGCGUGCGACCGUUUCGUGAACUGCAUAGACGGCGUUGCGCAGACAAUGCCCUGCCCGCCUGGCCUCAUAUACGAGGACAAAAUGUCGAGUUGCGUGUGGCCGGCCGACGCGAGUAGAUUGUGCGAGAACGUGAAGAGGGACGUGCUCGACGACGGUUUCGUUUGCCCUGACGGGGACGUGGCCGGCCCACUCGGCAGGAUUCUGCCCCAUCCGACCUAUCCGCACCCGGACGACUGCGCCAAAUUCUACAUAUGCAAGAACGGCGUGGUGCCGCAGAAAGGGCAGUGCGAGCCUGGCACUGUUUACAGCGAGGACAGCUUUAAGUGUAUGGAUCCCGAGAGCGUGCCUGGAUGCGAGGAUUACUACAAGAGCAAAAACUAAUUAAAAGACAAGGUGCCAGUUUACCCAGCGAUACGUCUGUAACGCUUUUUUUUUUUUUUUUUUUUUUUUUUUUUUUUUUUUUUUUU